AUUAUCGAAUUUAUUUACGCACGUUUUGCAAAAGCCGAAGUUCUCUGGCGCACCGCAUGGGAAGAAGUUGGUGAUUAGUAUUUCUUCACGAAAAUCAGCAGUUGGGUUAUCAAACCAACGCAGUUAUUAACUUUUUGAAACUGAUAAGUAGCUCCAUUCGUUAACCAGCUUUUAAUUCGUGUAGUUCAUUGCGCCCAACGGAAGAAAGGAUGUCCAAGCCGCCGUAUAAGAUUGCCGACAUUAGCCUGGCCGAGUUUGGCCGGAAGGAGAUCAUGUUGGCCGAGAACGAAAUGCCCGGACUGAUGGCCUGUCGCGCUAAGUACGGUCCGCAAAAGGUGCUGAAGGGAGCACGAAUCGCCGGCUGUCUGCACAUGACGAUUCAGACGGCGGUGCUAAUUGAGACGCUGGUCGAGCUGGGAGCGGAGGUUCAAUGGAGCAGCUGUAACAUCUUCAGCACGCAAGACCACGCGGCAGCGGCUAUUGCCAAAACCGGCGUUCCGGUGUACGCAUGGAAAGGGGAGACGGAUGAAGAAUAUAUGUGGUGCAUUCGGCAGACGCUCGUUUUUUCGGACGGGCAGCCAUUGAACAUGAUUUUAGAUGACGGUGGCGAUUUGACCAACCUGGUUCAUAACGAAUAUCCGCAGUAUCUAGCCGGAAUAAAAGGAAUCAGCGAAGAGACAACCACCGGCGUUCACAAUCUGUACAAGAUGCUGAAAGAAGGCAAACUGGGAGCACCGGCAAUCAACGUAAACGAUUCUGUCACCAAGAGCAAGUUUGAUAAUUUGUAUGGUUGUCGGGAGUCAUUGUUAGACGGAAUCAAAAGAGCCACGGAUGUUAUGAUUGCUGGAAAAGUCUGCGUGGUAGCAGGAUAUGGCGAUGUCGGCAAAGGUUGUACCCAGGCUCUGAGGGGAUCUGGCGGACGUGUGCUGGUAACGGAAAUCGAUCCGAUCAAUGCGCUACAGGCCGCGAUGGAAGGUUUCGAAGUUACCACAAUGGAAGAAGCGAGCAAGGAAGCUCAGAUCUUUGUGACUACAACCGGAUGUACCGAUAUCAUCAUGGGAGAACAUUUUAUGAAUAUGAAGGACGAUUCGAUAGUGUGCAACAUCGGUCAUUUUGACUGCGAGGUCGACGUGGCUUGGCUAGAGAAGAACGCAACGGAAAAGGUUAACAUUAAGCCACAGGUCGAUCGCUAUCUUCUUCCCAGUGGGAACCACGUCAUCCUAUUGGCUGAAGGACGCCUGGUAAACUUGGGAUGUGCUACCGGGCACUCCAGCUUUGUUAUGUCGAAUUCGUUCACUAACCAGACGCUAGCUCAGAUUGAAUUGUGGACCAAGCCAGAGCAGUACAAGAUUGGGGUUUACGUUCUACCGAAAAAGUUAGACGAGGAAGUCGCAGCCUUGCAUCUGGAUAAACUGGGUGUAAAACUCACCAAACUAAACAAGAAGCAGUCUGAAUAUCUCAAUGUUCCGAUUGAGGGCCCGUACAAGCCGGAAAUUUACCGUUACUAGUACGUUACAGUUACAUAUGAAAUUAAUCAAGUCAAAUAAAAGUUCACAUUUUUAAAAAAAAAUA